CAACAAUAGAGCGAAUUAAUUUACUUAGUAAAGAAAUGACAGAAAAAGACAAUGCCAACAGGGAAGUAACAGACAAAAUUAGAGGAAACGUAAAUGCGUUCUGUGAAGAAUUAGAUAAGAUUAAAAAAGCUGCCUGUACAAUUGGGAAUCCAGCUUUUCUUGCAGCACUCACACCGCAUUUUACAUUAUCCGGAAUUGAUGACGUAAUAAAAUUUGAUGAUGUCAGAGUGAAUAGAGCUGGAGCAUAUGACCCAUCAACAGGCGUAUUUACAGCAACUGUUCAAGGACUUUACCAUUUUUCAUGUAUGAUUUUGGCAAAUCAUGGUGCCGUAGUACAUUACCAACUGAACAAGAAUGAUCAGCCAUAUAUUAUAGGUUACUCACAUAAAGGUGCAUUUGCAGACUCGAGUACAAUUAGUGCUGUGAUGGAGUUAACAGUUGGAGAUCGAGUAUUCGUCAAACAUAGAGUUGCUGGUGCAGAAGUUGUUUUUGGGGCAGCUCACACAUCAUUUUCUGGAUAUUUCAUACACGAAUAAACAUAUGAUUACACCUUGAUUUUCUUGUUUGCAAGCUGUUUUAAUUGGUUAAGAUUACUUAAUAUAAAACCUAAUGUACAAGUAGACAUAACGUGUUAUAGUUGGAUGGCGAUUGGUUAACUAUUUUA